AUGUUGCAGUAUCAUAGAAAAGAUGCAUGCGAACCAACAGCAGUGGAAAAAGAACAAGGAGUCACACGAGAAAAUCGCUGCACUAGCCAUCAAAAUGGAAAUUGCAUCUCUCCAGAGGGGAUACCAUUGUGCGACUGCUUCCCAGGUUAUGUUGGCGAAAAGUGCGAUAUUUACGAUCCUUGCGCUAGAAAUCCAUGGGGAAAACAUCUGAGUUUAUCGCGGUUGAUACCAGAUGAAACGGAAGUCAAAGGAGAUCUAUCCGCUCAGAAUUACCGCUGUAUAUGCGGAAUGGCUGAAGAUUUAGAUGCCCAAGACACUGCAGACACAAAGUGCGUGUACACUGGCACUGGAAACUGUUCAAAACCCAAAAAUCCGUGUAAUCGAGGCGAAUGUAUAGCAUGCCAGCAUGAAGAAAAAGGUGAAAUUUUGCAGAUUUGCGAUGAAAGGGAGAAGCGGGAUGGUUUUAGGUGUGUAUGCGAACCGGGAUUCAAACCACCUUAUUGUGAAUCUCCUGCUGAUGCUUGCUUCAAUAAUCUUUGUAUGAAUGGAGGACAGUGUGUUGCAAAGUCGCCAUUUAAUUAUGAGUGUGUAUGCGAACCGGGAUUCAAACCACCGUACUGUGAAUCUCCUGCUGAUGCUUGCUUCAAUAAUCUCUGUAUGAAUGGAGGACAGUGUGUUGCAAAGUCGCCAUUCAACUAUGAAUGUGUAUGCGAACCAGGGUUUAAACCACCGUACUGCGAAUCUCCUGCUGAUGCUUGCUUCAAUAAUCUUUGUAUGAAUGGAGGACAGUGUGUUGCAAAAUCGCCAUUCAACUAUGAGUAA